AUGCCAGCUUCCAAUACCAGUGAUGACAGUCUCCCAGUCACUCUCGUCCUGACGGGGAUCCCAGGGCUGGAGUGGGCCCACGUCUGGAUCGCCAUCCCCUUCUGUGCCAUGUAUCUGGUAGCGCUGGCUGGGAAUGCUGCCCUCAUCCUGGUCAUUGUGACAGACAGCACUCUUCAUGCACCCAUGUACCUCUUCCUGUGCCUUCUCUCACUCACCGACCUGGCUCUCAGCUCCACCACUGUGCCCAAAACAUUAGCCAUUUUGUGGCUCCACGCUGGACAGAUUUCCUUUGGUGGCUGCCUGGCCCAGAUGUUUUGUGUCCAUUCUAUCUAUGCUCUGGAGUCCUCAGUUCUUCUUGCCAUGGCCUUUGAUCGCUAUGUGGCUAUCUGCAACCCACUGAGAUACACAACCAUCCUCAACCAUACCGUCAUAGGCAAAAUUGGCCUUGCCAGCAUACUCCGUAGUAUAGCCAUUGUCUCCCCAUUCAUCUUCUUGUUGAAGCGACUGCCUUACUGUGGUCACCAUGUCAUGGCCCACACCUACUGUGAGCACAUGGGCAUCGCUCGCCUGGCCUGUGCCAACAUCACUGUCAAUAUUGUCUAUGGGCUGACUGUGGCCCUGCUGGCCGUGGGUCUGGAUUCCAUCCUCAUUGCCAUCUCCUAUGGCUUCAUCCUCCAUGCUGUCUUCCGCCUUCCAUCUCAAGAUGCCAGGCACAAGGCUCUGAGUACCUGUGGCUCCCACCUCGGGGUCAUCCUGGUCUUCUACAUUCCUGCCUUCUUCUCCUUCCUCACCCACCGUUUUGGCCAGCACCGAGUCCCCAAGAAUGUGCACAUUUUUCUGGCAAACCUGUACGUGCUGGUGCCUCCCGUGCUCAACCCGAUCAUCUAUGGGGCUCGGACCAAGGAGAUUCGAAGCAGACUUCUGAGACUGCUUCACUUGAGGAAGGUCUCAGUAUGA